AUGAAGCUGCUGUGCUGGAACAUCAAUGGCCUCCGCGCCAACCUCGGCAAGACGCCGGGGCAGUCGUUCGCCGGGUUCCUCGACGCUUGCGACGCCGACGUCCUCUGCUUCCAAGAGACCAAGCUCACGCGCGCCGAGAUGACGUCCGAGCUGGCGUGCCCGCCCGGCUACGACGCCUUCUACAGCUUUGCCAAGCACAAGAAGGGCUAUUCGGGCGUCGCGACGCUCGUCCGGCACGGUCGCCUCGCGACCGUUGCCGCCGAGACCAGCGCCUGCCCUUUCCACGAGGGGCGCAUCGUGCGGACCGAGCACCCGACGUUUGUGCUCAUCAACGUGUACUGUCCGGCGCAUGGCGGCCACCUCGAGCGCAAGCUCGCCUUCCACGAGUUCCUUCUCGGCUACGUCGCGGCGACCAAGGCAGCGCACUUGGACAAGCCGCUAAUCCUCGUCGGGGACCUCAAUGUCAUUCACAAGCCUCUGGAUGACUGCGGCGCGUACGAGCCAAGUGAGGUGACCGCGUGGCUCGACAUGCUCUUGGCAACAAUGGACCUCACAGACGCCUUUCGGCAAUUGCAUCCGAUGCGAGAGAAGGCGUACACGUGCUGGCGCGCGCUCACGGGCGCGCGCGAGACCAACUAUGGCGUGCGGCUCGACUACAUCCUUCUCGACAGUCGGCUAGGAAGCGCGCUCACGAGCUGCGACGUAUGGCAAGAAAAGGAAGGGUCGGACCACUGCCCCGUUCUCGCAACGCUGAGCCUCGCGUUCCCGGCGUCCCACGUCAUCGCCCCGACAACCGUCCCGAGCUGCGCCAAGUUUUAUCCCGAGUUUGCCGGCAAACAAACAUCGAUCCAGCGUUUCCUUCGUGGCUCGACGACGCCACUACCAGCGAUGAAAAAGACGACCACUGGGUGGCAGCAGCAGACCUUCCGUGCCUUCUUGACGACGGCGCCUCGAGCGUCAGAGGCAACGAGCGCGCCGAUGUCGGUCGAGUCGAUCGAGACGCUGACCGAGUACAAAGCCGUCGCGCAGUCGUGGAAGACGCUGCUGCCAGGGAAGCCGCCGCCGCCGCCGCUGUGCUCCGGCCACCGACAACCGGCCCUUCUGCGCACGGUCCUCAAGCGCAACGACAACUAUGGUCGGAAAUUCUUCAUUUGUGCCAAGCCCGAGGGUGCCCCAGGGGACGUCAAAGGUCGGUGCAACUUUUUCCAGUGGCACGGCGACGUCAAGAAGCCAUCGCCGGUUGCUGUGGUCGGUACUAGCAGUGAUGCCAAGCGCUUCAAAGCCGCUCCGCCUGACGCAAUUUGAACGUUG